CACUGAAAGUUCAAAACACCCAUCACACGGUCAUGCGCACCGCACGACACUUUAAGCGACGACUUGCAUGGAAAUGGUCCUCUGGCUCUAGUCUCUAGACUCUACUACUACGGGCUUGUUAUUAUUUUGACUUCAUACAGAUAUCGUGCACCCGUGGUUGUGGUGCUGUGCAGCUUGAAGGAUUACAUUUUGACAGGAUGAUAUAUAUAUAGUCACAGUGACAGGAAGAUAAACGCAAGAGCCAUGCCGUCCUCCACACACUCCAACUCUUCAAGUAACAUCGCUGGCGAAAGUUUAGAGGAGAAAACGCAGUUGAUAUCUAAAGUAACCCGGAUGAAAAGGAUAGUCAGCGAACCUUUUGUAAGGUUGUACCAAAGUACAGAGAGCAUCACUAGUGAUGAUCCUGGACCAAGUGGAUGCUGCAGUAGAAGUGUAUCAGUUUCCAAUCGAGAAAGUGGCAGAGAUGAAGCAAAGUAUGCUCGCAAGCCGUUCUAUGUUUCGCCAUACGAAGACAACAGGAAGCCGUAUUACUAUACGCCGCUCGCAGAUGAGGAAGACAAGAACAGCGAUCAGAAAUAUAGCGCUCGUACUCAGGCCACCCUCAGUCGGUAUCGCUACUACAGCAAGCUGACACCUCCUUCUGAUAAAACACUUGUUAUUCCCAGUCAUAUAAUUCCGGCACAGUACUACUCUCUGCUCCCAAUCCCUGCUCUCACCAAAGGCAAGCAAGGCAGUAUAGUGCUCAUCUUUUCAGUGUGGAACACAAUGAUGGGGACAAGUAUAUUAAGCAUGCCUUGGGCUUUACACCAGGCUGGUUUUUUAUUUGGUCUAUUCCUGAUGUUGUUUAUGGCAGCCAUAUCCCUCUAUACCUGCUACAGAGUACUGAAGUCUCCACAGCAAGCAGGAGUGAAGACUGAAAUCUUGGAGUUCUCCGAUAUUGUUGCACUGUAUCUGGGUAAGUAUGGCAACUGGGCGAGUAUGUUCUUCUCGCUGUCUGCGUUUCUCGGAGCGAUGAUCGCCUACUGGGUGCUGAUGACAAACUUUCUGUACCACUCCGUCAACUACAUCUAUGACCAGUAUUAUGGGCUAGAUGAAGAGUCAACUGGCCUGGACAGUGUUAUAGCGCCUACAUGCGGAAACGCUGUCUGCCACAUCUCCAACUAUCAUGGUGGGGAUAACCCUUCUACUAUUUCCCCGGCAACGAUCAGCCCUGAUGACAACGACACUUUCGGAUUAUCGAACUUCGCCACUGUUGCAUUCACAGCGACUUCGGCAACGCCGAACUACACAACUCCUUCCUACAUCUUACCGGCAAACUUUCGCAUAUACGAGUCCAUUUGGAAUGAGGUGAAGACGGUGCCACUGUACCUCGUCAUACUGCUGUUGCCGCUAAUGAACUUCAAGAGCCCCACUUUCUUCACCAAAUUUAAUUCGCUCGGCACGUUGUCGGUUGCCUACCUCAUCAUCUUUGUGAGUUUGAAAACCGGUAGUUGCGGUGUCCACUUUGACUUUGAAACGAUACCACAGAUCCGCACCUUGUUCCCAGCUCUCACAGGAAUUCUGGCACUAGCCUACUUCAUUCACAACGCAAUAAUUUCGAUUAUGAGAAACCAGAAGAAACCAGAGAAUAAUGCCAGAGAUUUGACGAUUGCCUACAUCCUUGUAGCUGCCACCUAUGUAUUUGUGGCUUCCGCGUUCUAUAUAAUGUUUCCAUUGGACAAGGGAUGCAUUCAAGAUAACUUUCUCAACAACUUUCGUGGCGACGAUGUCCUAACGUUUGCUGCUCGAGUGGGUCUGCUGUUCCAGAUGACGACUGUAUUUCCUCUCAUAGCAUACAUCUUUCGCAUCCAGGUCAUGCAUGCUCUGUUCGGAUCCAUAUACCCAAGUUUGAAACACGUCGUAAUGCUAAACGUGCUGCUUUCUGCAAUCUGCAUUCUAUUUGCAAGGUUCCUCCCACAAAUUGGAACAAUCAUCAGAUUUUGUGGUUCGUUCUCGGGCCUGGCGUAUAUCUUCACGCUGCCAGGCAUUGUGUACAUGAUGGAGCAGAAGCGCAGAAAGUGUCUCACCAACACCUCCAUCUUCCUGCACUGCAUCAUCAUCGGGCUGGGCGUCCUCAACUUCGUGGGCCAAUUUGUGAUCCUUGGUGCAGAGUGAUGUUUAAACGUUAUUAUAGUUGCUGCUAUUGUCCCCCUAUGCUAUGCAUGAGUCAGCUUCCACAACUGGAGAUCCACGCCUCGUCCACUAGCAGGCUCACAUGGCAUUUACCCCUGCAGUAGUACAGAGCUUACUGUUGCAUGGAUGAAUUGAUGUCAAUGCAAAUGUAUAUAUCGCAUAUCGCAUUUAUGAUAUGCGGUAUACUCGGUCCCUGGCUUUUAAAACUAUGGUUCUGCCCAUAAUAGAAUAUGCUUCGCCAGGCUGGUGCCUCUAAAUUGGAUACCAUUCAGGGCUGUAGUGGCCUCCCAAAAUGUGCUACUGCAAAAAAAUGUAGGAUCACCCAGUAAUAAUAGCAUAAGUGGCGGUUAUGGUGUGUGCCUCAGGCACACACGGUGAAUGCCGCAGUAGCGAAGCCCCUGCCUUCGUCUGGGGUCUGGGGGCCCCCAGAAAAUUUUUGAAAUUUAGAGCCUGGAAAUGUCAUUUCCUGCAUUUCCUCUUCCUCCUCUAUAUCCUGUCUUGAUCUGCCACCACCUUCUCAACUCCUCUUCCCCCUCCCACCUCCAGCAGCUUCUCACUCCUCGCCCUCAUCUCUCCUAUACCUCCCCUCUCCUACUCCAAUUACCUUCUCCCUUCCUCAUCUUCCUCCCUUCUCAUCCACUGACUCAACUUCCUCUCGUCCUCCUCCACCAGCUUCUCUCCCUCCUCUCCAUCCCAUUAUCACAUUGAAUGGCUUCUUGAAUGCUUUACUACUACUGUUGUCACUAGUAAUUACACUAAUAACGAUAUUAUCAGUAGUUCUUUAAGAUUUAUCUUGCCCUGUGUGCCGAUUCGCCUGUGUUAGGUAUUCUGCUUAGAUCCAAUCUUUCCACCAAAUUGGUGCCACGAAUGUGUCGUUUCAUCUCCUUGGUAUAUCUAGCUCCUUGGUUCCCUGCACAAUUUUUUUUAAUCAAAAUAGUGCCACGGCAGUGCCGUGCUGCCGUGGCGGCCACUACGGCCCUGCCAUUCAGCAUAAAACUGCGAGAUGGGUAUCCAGAAACUAUGAUGAUAGUGUUGAUGUUGUUUUGGCUCGUCUUGAUUGGCCUCUUCGUGUCCGCUUUCUUCAUUCUAAACUCAUAACUUUCUAUAAAAUUUAUCAUGGUGAGUUGAAAAUUGGCAUUCCCUCUUGCUUAAUGACGCCUGUUCGCUGCACUCGAUCAUCUGAGCGUGAUCACUGUUUUCGGCACGUGCAAACUUCUAAGGAUCCUUUUAAGUUUAGCUUUGUUUCUGUGAUUCCGUAUUGGAAUUCCCUGCCUUCAUCUUUGGUAAAUAGCAAAUUUGCAACCUUUUCCACUGCGAUCCACAGUGUGGAUCUAUCGAUUUGAUCACUUCUCUCUCCGUCUUCGUUAUGGUCCCCAGGACUUUUGAAGACUAACAUUUAUGAGGUUAUGAAAUGACUCGUGAAGAUUGAGAGCCUGGAUGGAUGAACGCAAUAGGAAGCUGAUGUGUGUGAUAUAGCAGUUUUACUUUAUGUAAAGUAAACGUCUGUGUAUUAAAGUUAUACACCCUCCACAUUGUGCGUGUAUGCAUGUGUGCGUAUCUCAUUCAUCGUCGAGAAAAGAUCAAACAAGUGAGAUUUUCAAUGUAAAAUUAUUGAGUGUGUACGUAGUCUUAAGUGCCAGAUAGUCUUCUGAAGGAUGGGUACAGUAAUAUUUGAUGCCUUUCGCAAUCCCCGUUUACAAAAACAGUCUUUUAUACUUAAUUGCCAAGCGAAUGCUACUCCGACCAAAUUAAUUACAUUUCAGUAUUGCUGUAGCAACCCUGGAUAAUGAUAAAUGUAUGAUUGCACAUACUAUAUUUUUAUAUUACAUAGGCAUAAACAUUUUGUGUGCGUGUGUAUUCACGCAGUAACUUUGUGUGCUUACGGAUGGAUGUGCAGUGAUCGACGUGGGAAUGGAAAGUCAUACUGUAACUGUAAUGAUAUCACUGUUUCGUCACCUAGUGACAUCCAACUCAUUGUAUUAAUAUAAAGUUGUCUGGAUGCAACAUUGUAAGGUUAUUUAGGUUGGUGUGUAGUCAAAAGGCUCUUUCAUUGCAUACUUGCCUCAGUUAUAAUAUGUAUAUACACGUACAGGGUAAAUAAUCAUGCAGUCAACUAAUGAAACGUUCACCAGACUAUAUAAUUUUGCCGAGUGGUCAGGUCGUAUAAAGCAAAUGAUAAAGGAUGUUACUGUGAAAUUCGCAACAUGAAUGCGUGCUCGGAAAAUGUUUUUUUUUGUAGAAAUAGGUCCGGAUUAUUUUAGGCUUGUGAAGUAGAAAUAUUUUAGGUUCAUCGUGGUUAUAAAACUGGUGAGUGUUGUUCCUGGUGCUACAGCUGCUACUGCUGCUUCUUUUGUUGUUGUUGCUGCUGCAGCUGUUGUUGUUUUUGUCGUUGUUAAGGAGGAAAAAUUGCUAUUCACUUUUGGAUUCUCUUUACUGGGUUGUUUAGGUAUACGCUGAAGGCAAGGCUUGUGAACACGCGCUUGUAAAAACGCGUUGUGAUAACUCGGUUUAGUUUAGUUCUUACUUUUGCUCUAUUUAUUGCACGCAAUGAUGUCGUGCAGUGACUAUUCGGUUAUUUGAGCUUAGCUUUAAUAUAAUUUCAAUACCUAAUAGCUAUUUGGUCACGGAAAUCUUAACAGGGUAUUUUUAUAUGUACAUAUUUAAUUAUAUAUGCCGGUGUGUAGUAAAUCUUAGGAAUGAGAAGUGUGGACUGUAUCCUGUUUUGGCAUGGUUAGAGAUUACACCCACGACGACUAUUACGUACUAUGUACGAAACUUUACUUUGAAAUGUGUAGUCACCGUUUCUACCUUAUUAUAUAUAAUGGAAAGUGUCAUGAUGCCAAAUUACCUUAUAUUCUGCACACUCAGGUGACAGUGUAAUGUAUAUUAUUUCAUAAAAUAUACGUUUAGUAAAUCUUUUA